CCGCUCCUAAUUGGCAUCUAGACCACAUAAGUCGAUCUUCACAUUUCAUCCAGUGUCUUCUUUUCCAAUGGCUUCAGGUUCAUCUGGUCUGGCUCUCAAGGCGGCCGCCGUCGCUGCCGUUCUGGCCAUGCUGGUCCUCCCUUCUUCCGGGCGCUGCCCAUCCCUGGGACCAGCGCCACAACCGCCCGCACCGCCGCCAUCAGUGCCAGCGCCGGCACCGCCGCCACAGGUACCGUGCCACGACUGUUCUUCGCUUCAAGAUUGCGAGACUUCGUGCAGAGACUCAAUUCCUCAGAAAUGCAGCAAGGUAUGCAACGACCCGCAAGGCUACUGCGACCAAUGCAGGGCCACCGCGAUCGAGAAGUGCACGGCCGGCUGCACCGGCAGUUGUGACUGCGCUGGCGCCGCCGACAGCUCAUGCAGCCUCGAUUGUUCUGCCGGUGCAUGCAGCUAUUGUGAGUACCAGGAAGACAGGAUGUGCCGAUACGGCUGCCAAUUCCGCCAAGCCCAAUGCGACGCCACCUGCGUAGGGCCGGCGCCACCACCACCCGCGCCGACGCCACCUACAUAGGGUCCGUAGAGGUAGCUUGUGCUGGUUGAUCGUCCGGGUUUAUGUUGAUUGUACUGGACUUACAUGAUUUAGCAUGCGGACGCCUCCUCGAUCAGCCAUCACGUGAUGUUCCCAUCUAUCAAGUAGACUCGGCAUAUCUCUCGCAAUCAGAUCUUGUACUCCGUACUAUCAGAACUUACAUUCCAGUAAUAAAUGUUAAGGUUUACACAUUA